CUCUUGAGCGAUGCGAGUUUUGGGGUUGAGGCAUCUUAUUUUAGCUAGAUAAUAUCCCCCCCCUUUUUUUUCUUCUUCUUCUCCCUAGGUCGAUCGAUCGAUGGCCCCGGGCCGCCUACCUGCCUACCUGCCUACUUACUCCUGAAUAUACUUUUUAUCGAUCUAGUCUCCAUCUCAACUCCGGACUCGUGGUGGAACCAGUUUGCCUACGAAAGAAGAAAAAAAAAAAACCCCCCGGCAACGUGGAGAAAGUCUUUAUCUAUAAAAAAAAAAAAAAAAAAAAAAAAAAAAAGGAAACAAUUCCUAGGUACCUAGAAGUAAAACAAGAUAAAGAAAAAAAAUGGCCGAGGCCAACUGCGCCUGCACCAUCGCCAACAUCGAGGGCCUCCACAGCCGGAUGUCGGCUUCUCCGCGGGUGGCGGCGUCAGCGGCGGAAAAGGAAAAGGAAAACUUCGACUCGACGCUGGAGGGCCUCGACCGGCGCGCCCGCCGGCUCGAGACCCGGCUGCGCAUCGCGCCGCCGCCCCCGAUGCUCGACACCUCGUGGGACUCCCUGACGUGGCGGGUGUGGCGGCUCGCGCGCCGCUUCAGCCGCUUCCGCGCCCUCCCCCGCGGCCCGCCCGUGGAGCCGAUGGCGUCGCUGGCUCUGCUCAGGAGCGCCGUCGCUGCCAUCGACGGGGGCGAGGGCUCGUUUCCCUGGCUGAAAGAAGAGGGCUCAGGAAAGGAAAAGGAAGAGGAAAAGGAGGAAGAGAAGGAGAAGGAGAAGGAAGAGCAGCAGCAGCGGCUCCUGAAAGUCGCCGCGCAAUGGCUCUGCCACGCGGCGGGCCGGCGCGGCAUCCGCGUGCCGAGCCUCGCCUUCGAGCUCGCCCCCGUCUGCGCUCUGGCGCUGAACCUCGCGUUCGAGGCCGAGACAACAACAACAACAACAACAACUGGUGGCGCCCCGUACCCCGCCAGACCUCUGUGUGUUGUCCCGCCAACGACGGCCAAUCCCUGCCGCGGCUGUGCUUGCACCUGCCACGGUAACAAAGUCAGCAACGAUAAUAAUAAUAAUAGUACUAGUACCAGUAAGAAAAAGAAUUCGAGGAAGAGACAAGAAGAAGAAGAGGAGGAGGAGGAGGAGGAAUCUACCAGCGAUGAUUCUUCCUCCUCUUCGUACAGCAGCCGACGACGGCCGUGCAAGGCGAGGCGGAUCCUGGCGUCGUUGGUUGAGAGGCUGGCUUUCUGGCGCAGGAGACGGGCGGUUGGUGUUGGCACGGAUGACGCGUCAUCGACAUCGAGCACGCUGUAAAAAAAAAAAAAAAAAAAGAAAAAAAAAGGAAUAUAUUUAUAUAUACUUACCCUAAGUAGGUAUAUAUGGAUAUAGUUAUGUGGGCGGAAGGAUUGAUCACUUGCGGGCGGAGCGGGGGUUUAAAGUCGGGACCAAGUGCAUGUAUAUAUUAUACAUACCUACUACUUACCUGCGUAUGUAUGGUAUU